AUGAGCCCUAAGUACCUGCUAACAGUGUCUCUGUUUCCACAGUCUCACCGUAAGUUUUCGGCUCCGCGCCACGGUUCCCUGGGCUUCCUGCCCCGCAAGAGGAGUCGUCGUCACAGGGGUAAGGCCAAGAGCUUCCCCAAGGAUGACCCCUCCAAGCCCGUGCACCUCACUGCCUUCCUGGGCUACAAGGCCGGCAUGACCCACAUUGUUCGUGAGGUCGACAGACCCGGAUCAAAGGUGAACAAGAAGGAAGUGGUCGAGGCUGUGACCAUUGUGGAGACUCCUCCCAUGAUCGUGGUUGGCGUUGUUGGAUACGUGAACACACCCAGAGGCCUCCGCUCCUUCAAGACCAUCUUCGCUGAGCAUGUCAGUGAUGAGUGCAAGCGUCGCUUCUACAAGAACUGGUACAAGUCCAAGAAGAAGGCCUUCACCAAGUACUGCAAGAAAUGGCAGGAUGACGAUGGCAAGAAGCAGCUGGAGAAGGACUUCAACGCCAUGAAGAAGUACUGCCAGGUGGUCCGCAUCAUCGCCCACACUCAGAUGCGUCUGCUGCCCGUGAGGCAGAAGAAGUCUCACCUCAUGGAGGUGCAGCUGAACGGAGGCUCCAUCGCCGACAAGGUGGAUUGGGCCCGCGAGAAGCUGGAGCAGGCUGUGCCAAUCAACACCGUGUUCACCCAGGACGAGAUGAUCGACGUCAUCGGUAUCACCAAGGGUCACGGAUACAAGGGUGUCACCAGCCGUUGGCACACAAAGAAGCUCCCCCGUAAGACCCAUCGUGGUCUGCGUAAGGUGGCCUGUAUCGGUGCCUGGCAUCCCGCCCGUGUGGCCUUCUCUGUGGCUCGUGCCGGUCAGAAGGGUUACCACCACCGUACAGAAAUCAACAAGAAGAUCUACAAGAUCGGCCAGGGCUACCACACCAAGGACGGCAAGCUGGUGAAGAACAACGCCUCCACUGAGUACGAUCUGUCCAACAAGAGCAUCAACCCCCUGGGUGGCUUCGUCCACUACGGAGAUGUGACCAACGACUUCAUCAUGCUGAAGGGCUGUGUCGUCGGGGUGAAGAAGAGGGUGCUGACUCUGCGCAAGUCUCUGCUGGUGCAGACGAGCCGUCGUGCCAUGGAGAAGAUCGACCUCAAGUUCAUCGACACCACCUCCAAGUUUGGUCACGGCCGCUUCCAGACCGUGGAGGAGAAGAAGGCGUUCAUGGGACCACUCAAAAAAGACCGCGUUACCAAGGAGGAGACCGCUUAAAGUCACCGUCCAGGACCAAUGUCUCUGCUGCGUUCACUGUCACCAACUGUACUGUUCUGCAGAGUUAUUUAAUAAAAAAAGAAACUAA